CUUCUCUUUGUGCCCCAACUUCAUUUUACAGGAUCAAUCAAACAAGCAUAACCCGUUCAUAGAGUAGUCCUCCUUCAGUCGUCUUCCCUUCAAUCUUCUGCUAAAUCACAUGACGACCCUCUAAACCCUGAUCGGUAAUUGCCUAACAACCAUCGCUCCUUCCGCCCUAUGACUCUUGCCUUAUCCACAAAAGCAAGGCAGCCAAAUGAGGAAACUAUAAAAGCAUGCUAAUCGGUUCCUUGGUCAGGACCUCUCCUUUUAUAAAACAUCUACCCUUACAAUCACAAGGUCUAAAAUUCAUACGCACAAUGGCAACUUCAGGCCCCACGCCACCCAAAUCAUCCUACGGCCCCAGCACUGACAUCCAAGAAUUCCACGAUGUACUCAAAUCUUCGAAAAGAAUCAUGGCUUUAUGUGGUGCGGGGUUAUCUGCUGCAAGUGGAUUAGGCACUUUCAGAGGUGCAGGAGGCAUGUGGAGAAACCAUAAAGCCACGGCGUUGGCUACACCUGAGGCCUUCGAGAGGGAUCCUGGGUUGGUGUGGUUGUUUUAUAGUUAUAGGAGGCAUAUGGCACUACAAGCGAAGCCGAAUGCUGGGCAUUAUGCAUUGGUGGAGGCGAGUAAGAGGAUGAGAAGUUUCUUGACGAUGAGCCAGAAUGUCGAUGGACUUUCUCAACGUGCAAAGCACCCCAGGGAUCAACUCAAGCUUCUCCACGGCUCACUGUUCGAUAUCAAGUGCUUUAGUUGUGACUACAUUGAACUGAAUAACUUUGACGAUCCUUUCCACCCACUUCUCGCCAUCGAUUCCGACGAGGAUGCUCGACUUGCUGCAGCGGCAAACAACGGCGAAUCCACGAAGGUGAAAACCAAACCCAUUCUUCCGAAGAACUUACCUCAUUGCCCGUCUUGCAAGACUGGGCUUCUUCGACCAGGUGUUGUCUGGUUCGGCGAACCACUACCAGAAGAUACUGUGGCUGAGAUUGAUAGCUUUAUCGAUGAAGAUAAAGUGGAUCUGAUGCUGGUAAUUGGGACAACCGCCACUGUCUACCCCGCUGCUGGCUAUGUCGACGAAGCCAGGAAGAAGGGAGCUAGAGUUGCCGUUGUUAAUAUGGAUGGUCUUGAUGGAGAGUUGGGCGCUGCUAGUAAUCUCAAGAGGGGAGAUUUUUUGUUUCAAGGCGAUGCAGCAAAGAUUUUGCCAGAGAUUCUGAAGCCGCUUAUUGGGGAGUUGAAGAUUCCGGAGACCGAGGGAGUCUGAAGUGAGAAGUAGUGCAGGAAAUAAAAUCAUACUCAAUCCAAACCAGAAUCCGAGUCUUCUCGUAUUCGAAUUGAA